UCUGUCUCCAGACGUGACAGGAAGUGCCAUGUGAAUGUGAAGGCGAAGGAUGGACCUCGAGCAUGAGUGUCUUGGAUAAUCCCCUUCCUUCGUGUUGUUGUACGUCGGAAUGGAUCCAAGGAUCUCGUACUCAUUCGAGUCGUCUCGUCCAGGAGCGUUCCAUUCCGAUUCAGCAGAGGAGCAUCUACGACGACGAGGAUGAGUGUCUCAAGGAUCGGAAAUGGUGGUGUUUUCUCCUCUCCAGCAUUGUUACCUUUCUGGCUGGGAUCUUGUUGGUACUGCUCGGACGCCUGUCCAGGGUCCUUUUCUGUCGAAAGGGCAAGAGUGGACCCUACACCCAAACGAAAAAGGGACCCGGGUCGAAACAAGGACCUCAGGGGACUCAUCAAAAUGGACAUGGCGUGGGGAAUAAUCAAAGGGAGGAAUUCGAAGGCACUCUCAUGAACGAAGCUAAAGACUGGGCCUUGGGACUCAUCUCGGGACAGUCUACCACCGGACGAAUCCUCGUGGUGUUGGUGUUCAUUCUCAGCAUCGCAUCUCUCAUCAUCUACUUUAUUGAUGCGGAGAGAGAUGCCGUGGAACAGUGUCAGAGAUGGUCGCAGAAUACAACUCAACAGAUUGAUCUCGCCUUCAACAUUUUCUUCAUGAUCUAUUUCUCCAUUCGGCUUAUGGCAGCCAGUGAUAAGUUUUGGUUCAUGCUCGAGAUGUACUCCUUCGUCGAUUACUUCACGAUUCCGCCCUCAUUCGUUUCUAUCUACCUGGAUCGCACUUGGAUUGGGUUGAGGUUCCUGCGAGCCCUUCGCCUCAUGACCGUUCCUGACAUCCUUCAGUACCUGAAUGUUUUGAAAACUUCCAGUUCCAUCCGAUUGGCUCAGCUGGUCUCCAUUUUCAUCUCGAUCUGGCUUGCAGCCGCUGGACUCAUCCACUUGUUGGAAAAUUCUGGGGAUCCGUUCGAGUUCAAGAACACGCACAGCAUAUCAUACUGGAAAUGCGUGUAUUUCCUCAUCGUCACUAUGUCCACCGUUGGUUAUGGGGAUGUGGCAUGCCAAACCUUCCUCGGUCGCACUUUCAUGGUCUUUUUCAUCCUCGUCGGGCUGGCCAUGUUUGCAAGUAGCAUCCCUGAAAUCUUUGAGCUUUUAGGCCGAAGGUUCAAAUACAGCGGCGAGUACAAGCGGGAAUAUGCCAAGAGGCACAUCGUAGUUUGUGGGCAUAUCACAUUCGAAUCCGUGUCUCAUUUCUUGAAAGACUUCCUCCACGAAGAUCGAGAAGAUGUGGACGUGGAAGUCGUGUUUCUCCACAGGCAAGAGCCUGAUUUGGAAUUGGAAGGGCUCCUCAAGAGGCAUUAUACCACUGUUGAGUUUUUUCUGGGCUCCUUGAUGGCAGCUUCUGACUUAGAGAGAGUCAAGCCACCCGAUUUGGAACUAGAGGGAUUGUUUAAGCGGCAUUUUACCACAGUUGAGUUCUUCCAAGGCUCCAUUAUGAAUCCUCUUGACCUGCAAAGGGUCAAGGUGCACGAGGCGGACGCAUGCCUUGUCUUGGCCAACAAAUACUGUCAAGAUCCAGAUGCCGAAGAUGCAGCCAACAUCAUGAGAGUGAUCUCAAUCAAGAAUUAUUCCGAUGACAUUCGAGUCAUCAUCCAGCUCAUGCAAUACCACAACAAGGCAUAUCUGUUGAACAUUCCAAGCUGGGAAUGGAAGCGAGGCGACGACGUCAUCUGCUUAGCCGAACUCAAAUUGGGAUUCAUCGCGCAGAGUUGCCUUGCUCCCGGUUUCUCCACCAUGAUGGCGAACCUCUUCGCCAUGCGUUCCUACAAGACAUCAUUAGAUACGCCAGAAUGGCAGAAUGCAUACUUGUGUGGCACAGGUUGUGAAAUGUAUACAGAAACGCUCUCACCCGCCUUCACUGGACUCACUUUUCCUGAGGCUGCCGAAUUGUGCUUCUCCAAGCUGAAGCUCCUUCUGCUUGCCAUCGACCUGAAAGGUGAAGAUGGGAGUGAUUCCAAGAUCUCCAUCAACCCCCGCAGUGCCCGCAUCUUGCCACACACUCAAGGUUUCUUCAUUGCUCAGUCCGCCGACGAAGUGAAAAGGGCCUUGUUCUAUUGCAAGGCGUGCCACGAAGACAUCAAGGACGAGACGUCCAUCAAGAAAUGCAAGUGCAAAAACCGUAAGUACAACUCCAUUCUUUUUCUCUAUUUCCUCCCACGUCACUUGCUUUCUUUCCCAUAUUCUGCAUCGUGA